AAGAAGAGAAGUGCAGCUCUGAGGUAAAUUUCUACUUGCACGUACUUUAAUAGCAUUGCAUGUCUAAAACCCUUAUUUCUUUUUUUUUUUAACUUCUUCCCUUGCUCGAUUUCAUCACAAAUAAUUUUAACAAUAUAAUUCUAGAUUAAGUUGGACUAAGUUAAAUUAAAGCCAAUAUUACCUUACCAUAACCAAGUUGAACAAAAGCUCUCCCUUAAACCUUUCUCAACUUUGCUAUUUUCAACCAGAAAAUCAUCCACAACAAAGUUUGAGCGUGCAAAGAAGAAGAGAAGUGCAGCUCUGAGGUAAAUUUCUACUUGCACGUACUUUAAUCGCAUUGCAUGUCUAAAACCCUUCUUUUUUUUUUUUUGAACUUCUUCCCUUGCUCGAUUUCAUCACAAAUAAUUUUAACAAUAUAAUUCUAGAUUAAGUUGGACUAAGUUAAAUUAAAGCCAAAUUUACCUUACCAUAACCAAGUUGAACAACAGCUCUCCCUUAAACCUUUCUCAACUUUGCUGUAGAAACUCCCUUUCCUUUUCUUUUUUUUCCGUCUGGCACCAAAAAAUAAGAAGAGAAGUAAAAAUGCGUUCAACUAGUGAUUUGAACUAUUUAUACAUCUAGACAAAGAGCUAAUUCAAUAAGGAUUACGCCAAACAAUUAUAAGGGUUGCAAUAGAAACCCAAAAUGUUGGAUUGGUCCUAACCUCAAAAAAUUCAAGUUUAUUCAACAUAAAUCAUGCAGAAAAUCCUCCAACAGCAAAUUCCCAAACAACAAAUCAAUCACCCAAGAAAAGAAAAGAAAAGAAAAGAAAAGAAAAGAAAAAAAUCAACAGCAACCAGAUUUCGGAAUCAAUUAAAUUAAAAUUAAACGCACAUAACGAUCAGAGUAAAUGUAAAUCAUGCUUUGGUGAUUUUUCAUUGAUCCUCUCAUCAAAAUAGAAAUACAAUGAUUAGAAAUCCAUACUCAGGCCUUUCUCCCUUAGUUUAUCAUCACCGUUCCUUUUCUUUCCCUUCAUUCCUGGCCAUUAGAUGGUAAAACAUAAAGAAACGGACGGACGGACCUGAGGGUUGUCGACAAAAACAUGCCUUGCCCUUGAUUUGCACGGAUCCGCAAGAGGAGACCAAUUCCAUGGUUUGCAGAGGCGUCUCCACGUCGCUUGUGCCUGUUGUUUUUUGUCCGAUUAGAGGUAUCUGGGGCCGUGGAUAUGAGAGGGGCUGGGUUUUGAGGAACGGACGGGGGCUAGAGGCAGAACGGGGGAAGAAGAAGUGCAGAAUAUCCGGUUUUGAAGUGAAAAGGGGGGAGGGUUUUCAAAAUAUAAAAGGGGCUUGAGUCAGUUUUAGUGAAUGGGCCGAAAAUGGGCUAAUUAUGGACUUAGCUGAAAUGGGUAUGUAUUUGGAUUUAAUUUUGGGGUCUAAAUCACCAACUCCUUACAAUUUUGACAUUUGAUCCUUCAUCUUGAUUACUCCUGCAUUUAAGUCCAAUUUCAGUAUUUUCUUCUU